AUGGGUAUAGUUUGUGGUUAACCUCUGAAAUCUAAGUCAUUAGAGUUCCAUACUUCAAGACCUUUGACUCAGUCAAUAAAACAAGACUAGGAAAAUGUUGAAUUCGAGGAUCAGGAUCAGUGUUUUUGCCCAUCCUUAACUAAGAAUUAUAUUUUAAAUCCUAAGUUUCUUUUUACAGAGGAAUCUAAAUGUGAAAGGGAAGAAUAGCGCCUAAACACUGAUAUUAACAGAAAUUCUUCACUAUUAUCCUUAGGUAUUUAAAGUGAACCUAAUAAUUUAAAUGAAAUACAAGGAAAACAAAAAAACUAAAAUAAAUUAAAGCCAGACAUCUAAAAUUCUAAAAGAAUGAGUUUGGAAUAGAGGUUUAAAAUUGCAACGUCCCCUUCGUAAUGCAGGAAGCGUAAUAACAAUACUCCUAAAAGUCCAUUAACAGCAAUGCUCUAAACGAACAACAAUUCAACAAAGCAAAAAGAAUAACUGAUUCUAACUAAGGGAAAGCGAAAAUUAUCCAAUAGAGACCAAAAACUAUUAUGA